UGGCACUGCACUUCUGCACUCCAGCCUGGGCAGUGGGAGUGAAACCCUGUCUUAAAAAAUAAAUAAAUAAAAAGAAAAAGAAAAGAAAACAUAAGCCAAAAUGGAGAUUUUACUGAGGGAAAAUACAUUUAAGGGCUAGGAGAAUCAUUUGAGUAUAAGAAAGGAAUGGCACAGAUUUUUUAAGAGACAAAAAUUUCUAGUAAAAUUUUUAGUAGCCGAUUUAAACAGUGGAUUUCCAACUUCCUCUCUACCCUCAAUGUCAGAAAACCUAUGGAAAAUGUAGUUUAAAAAUAUCAGUAGGAGCUUUAUCAUCACUUGAGAAUAAAGAAACACAUCAUCAUCAUAUUCCUUGCCUAGAAAACUUCCUCUCGGCUCAAGUAUGUCAUCAGAUCAGACCCUGUGCUAUGAUUCUGCUCCUAGGACACCAAACGCUGGGGCUUUUUUGAAACCCUGCCUUAGCUAUCCUAACUUCCAUAACAUUUUCAUAGACCAUCCUCUUACCUAUCUUAUCAAUUAAUACCAUAGCUAACAUUUUAGUUAUCUGAGAUUUUAUUUAUAUCUGCUCAGAUUGCAAGUUGUGAAUGUUUGAGACUUCACUUUCCUUGCAGGAUUCUAGCUAAAACAUGGCAAGGAGGCAUAAAUCUUUUUCUGUUUAAUUGUAAGGAUGGAAGUGAAAAGCAAAGAAAGUUUUUGUCAGUUGGUGGUAGUUGAGUUUGGGUUUACUUUUAAAAGCUGUCUGCAAUUUUCUUGGUCAUUUAAGAAAUGUGUUGAUGUGGGGACUUUUAAUAGACCAUCUUGCUUUUAAACAAUGCUGGGAUGGGUAAUGACCUCAUUGGUGGGCACAGCACAAUAAUAAAGAUGGAAAAAUUUUUUUAGUAUUUUCCAAAAAUGUAAAGUUAUGGAGUAUUCUUAGACUAUCCAAUGACAAUAUGCAUUUCUGGUAUACUUUUGUGUGAUGGUGAGAAGCUAGAGACCUUCUACUGGGUCACUAAUGAAAUGGACUCCAACUCCCACUCUGGAUCUUUCACUCAUAAUCCACAAGGAUUAAUUUAACCAGCCAGAUGCUACCCAUUUGCCAAGCUGAAAGGACACAGUGCCCUCCCUGCCUGUAGCCCUUGUCUGUUGUGAUUGCUACUGCUGGCUCCAUUCUAUAAGUGAGUCAGAUGAUUUAGAUACAUAUAUGUUUACUAACGCAAUGAGUAUGUUUUUCUUGGCCAGGCCCAGUAUAUUAUUUGUGUUCUUGACAGAGAGAGCUAUCACUGGAGUUUUUUCCUGUUGUGUUUUAACACUCAGGAACUGGUUGUGCAAAACUUGUUUGCAUCUUUUUUGUGUAUUGCAUGGGAGCGUCCUUGAGAACACCUUGUCAAGAUUUACUAGUAUUAUUUUUUUAAAUAUUUAAAAAUCAGUAUCAUUUAAUUUCAGUGAAUUUGCUUCAAUUUAUUGGAAUUAAUUACAAAUACUUUUGUACUUAUACUUUCUUUUAUAUAUUUAAAGUAUUAAGAUAAAAUUAUUGCCUAAUGCUGUAUUAUAUGUCUGACAUAGUAAAAUUUGCAAACUCAGAAAGGUCACAUAUUGUUUAUUAAGACUCUUUAGCGCCCUAAAUACAGUGCUGAAAUAGAAGAACCUUGUCAAAAAUAAGCAAGUAGGAAAAUACUCUCUUUGUUUUAAAAAAGUUAAAUACAUUGGGUUGAGCUAUUUUUUGUAAAGUUAAUAAAGGAGGAAUAGAGAUUAGGAAAAAUUCAGGAAAUUCCGAUCACUGCUCUUCAGAUUUCACCACAUGAUCCAGGACUUCAUUUUCCCAGAAAACUCCACAUCUGCCCGAGGGAACAUUAGUUAUGAGACAAUGCAGAGAUGUCUAAGGCUUAUUUCCUCACUUAAAAUUCAUUUGCUCUCAAAGUUUCCUGUGGUACCAGGAUAAAGCAUUAAAAGAGUUAUUCUCUUUAAGUUAUAGCUAUUUCUUAUUUGCAUUUUGUUAGAUCCAAUGUAGCAUGGUACUGAAACAUAUUUGAAGUGUCCCUUCCUGCAUACACAGUGCUCUCACUUGUGUUCUCAUAUGACACUCACCCUGAGGAAGAUCUCACGUUGUAUCCCCGUUUUCAGAUGUGAAACUGACGUUCAGGAAAGAUAAUCGAUUUAUCCAAAUCCUUUACCUACUAAAUGCAGGACUUAGAGUCAAAUCUUGUUCUCUUUUCUCAAAAGUUGAAUAAUUUAAAAAUAAAAGUUAAAGGGAAAUCCACAGUGUAAUGUAUUAUAUUCUUGUAUAACUUGUUAACAAAACAUAUCAUCAUAGAAUUUUAAAGCUAGAAGUCAACCAAGUCUUGUUUUUCAGACCUCAGUUUAGAUAUCAUCUCUUUAAAAAGACCUUCUGUAAUUACCGUAACUCAGCAGCUUGUUGGUUUUACAAUAUACUAUCACAAUUUAUGGUUUCUGGUUUUGAUCAUGGAACUUGGUUUUUACUUACAUCUUUCAUUAGACUGUAACGUUACUGAAGACAUAAAUUGUGUCUACCUUGUUCACCAGCAAAGCCCCAGCAGUUAGAAUAGCUGCAGGCACAUGGUAGGCAUUAGAAUAAAUACUUUUUGAUCAAUUGCAUGAGGUUCAGAAACUUAAUCUAAUUUGUUCAGGACCAAGUAUUUGUUAGUGGCAAAUCCAUUAGAACCCUGGAAUCCUGUUUCCUGUUGUGCUGCAACGGCUACAUGCCUGCCAUGCCUAAUUCCAGCUUCCCAAUUGUUAGGUUGCAUGAGAAAUCCUCAUCUGGUUCCCAAUGACUCCCCAAAGUACCCUGAAAAAAAGGAAAACUUACUCCUUCCCUUCUCCUUCAUCCAAAGUCAGAUAACAAAGAACAAAGUUGUGAGGGACAAAUGCUUUCUUCUGUGAGCAGAAAUGGUUUUGGUUAAGGUUUUUGUUUGUUUGGUUGGCUUUUGGUUCAGUUUUGCACUAUUUGGCUUACCAUCCUCUCAAAAAGUCUGCAUCCUGUGGGCAAGAAUCUAAGCCCUUCAGAGACUGGCAUUGGCUAUUCCACACUCUGUGGAGAGCCUACUUAUGAGCACAUGUGUCAGUAACUUCGCCAUUCUCCAUAUGUGCUGGAGAAUAGCAGCCUAAUUAUCUGCCAUUGCUUGGUUAUGUUUUUUGUUCCUAGCAUAUUGGUGACACUCCUCUCACCUCAGCCACAUAUUCAGUUAAUUCAUAUGUGUUACCACAUUGGUUUCAACUGUGAAAAUCUGAGCCAAAAUACUUGUUACAGUUAUCCUUAUGUCAGGCAGAUUUUGGUCAUUCAUGGCUUUUAAUCAAUAGAUUAAAAAUUGUAAAGUGUCUUAAUUUGAGAAAAUUGGCUAAACCAAGGAAGUAUGAAUGGAUAGUUACCAACAGCUGGAUUUCUCCAAACAGACUGUUUUGUAUAGUAUGGCUUAAACAUAAGGCCAUGUUGAGUUAUGGAGGUUUUCAUUUGACUUGCUUCAUCUAUCUUUCUGACAAUUCUGGUUUAGGCUUCUUAGACUGGUGAAUAAUCUAAAUGUCAACCAGAGAGUCUGAACUUCUAUGAGUAACUCAUGUGUCACAUAACCUGUGUGACAUAGCACUGCGUCAUACCUGCAGCAGCAUACUACUGCUGUCAACAAUGAAGAGAAAGGUGUUUAGGUAUCAAAGAACCAACUGAAACUUCCACCCAAAAGCAAAUCCAAAGUGAGAAAGGUGCCAUGAGCUCAUUUUAAAAUUUUAAAUUAUUUAAAUUAUUUUAAAAUUUACAGAUAAAACCAACUUCAAGUACAAAUUCUGCAGAAGAAGGAGCACACACUAGGUCUCAGACACCUUGUGAGCCACUUUACAUUUGUUAUUCCUAAUCUUCCCAUUUCAAAGAUAGAAAAUUCUAGUCUCUAAGAGACUCAAUGAUUUGCCAAGUUUCUUAGACUAAGUUACAGUACGUAUAUUUUAUUUCCAGAUUCAGUUGACUUUUCAGAUGCUCCUAUGUCAUGCUAUUAUGAUGCUGGUUUAACUGUAACUCUGGUAAGGCAAACCUGCAACCAGCACCUCCUCUACUUCGUGUUUGCAGUAGAAGCUGCCUUUACAAAGCUUCCAUGAACCCAAGAAACCUAUAUAUCUUGGGGUGCAUUGUCAUUCAAAGCAUCUCUCCAUCUCUUCUAAAUUAUGAUAACUAAUAAUAGAAAAAAAUACAUAACAAGCAUAACUACCUUUUUAAAUAGGAUAAAAUUACAUAAGACGUAGCUUGUGUCUAUGAAAUUUAUGUCUAUUUUAUAACUAUGUUAUGAAACUAUUUUUGUCUUUUAUAGUUUAAAAAUAUGUGCAAACCGCCAAUCUGUAACAGAUUUUUCUCAAUUUGCCAGUGCAUACUCUAGCCUAGGGAUUAAUGAAAUAUCAAAACAGAUAGUAAUAUAUACAUUUUCAGGGAACAAAAGGGUGGGUCUAUGUAGCCCAAAGUUUUUUUUUAAUUUAUUUGAUAGACCCUAGAGUUGAUCUUGAAAAUUGCCAGAUUAGUAGGCUGUCCCAGCCCUGAGAAACCACUAAUCCUGAAGCACCAAUUCCCAGGGCAGGUUUGGAAGCACUCCAUUGUUUUUCACCUCAAGAGCUGUAUGAAAGUCACCAGCUGAAAUCCACACAAUUACUAUUAAACACAAUGUAUUCUACAUGAUUAUUUUAGGGGGUGGAGUAAUAAUCUCAAAAACAAGCUAUGGUAGAUUUUUGUAGCUGCAAAAAAUAUUAGAUAAUUUAAUAAGGCAGGAUUUAAAACAACCUAAGAGGUACUAUAGACUCAAAAUGAAAUUCAGUUCUUAAAGAGAAUCAUGACCAAUACGUAUGAGUUAUGAAAAGAAAGUAGAAUAUUUGGGUUGUAGUUUCCCUGUUCUGUGUAACUACUUUCAGGUCAGAUAUGAAGGUCCCAAAACAUAGGUCCUAUUUUUCACUAGUCAGGAAAGGACACUAGACUGCAUGGUGUAUGGUCUGACCCACGAAAAGUCUUCUGAUUGUUGAAAAAUACUAUACGUUGUAGAGCUUCUAGCUGUGAAAUGUUUCGAAAGAAACAUUUAGCCAUCUACUUUGGAAUCAUAUUAAUGUCCUGUGGUCUUAGAAUUGGCUCUAGAAGUUUUCAGUUAAAUAUUAGCCAUUACAUCUGCACACAAAAAAAGUUGUAGAAAGGCUUAAAUGGAAAAACAAAAGAGUAAAUGAAUAAUGUACCUUAAUUCCUUGAUUUUUUAAAUUGUUCUCAGUUACUGUGAUAAUUUUUGUCGUCUGUUGAAAAAGGCUUCUGCUAUAUUUAAUUAUCACACCAUCAUCUCAAGUCUUCAAAAUUCCUUUUUUUUUUUUUUUUUUUUUUUUUUUUUUUCUCUAUUAACAGACAGAGUAAAAGGGAAGGGUCAAGUAUAUGAAAUAAAAUUGUGAAGCUCCAGGAACAGUUUUAGGCCUUAUGUUUCUCAUUGGACGAAAAGGCUUCUGUCAAAAAGAAAAGUUCGAAAAUUUUAAAUUAUCUGAAAAUAUAUAGUGCCCCUAAAACUAGCAUAUAUAUGAGUGUAUGGCCUGGAAAUCCCAUCUCUUCAUAGGCUAUUAGGACAUGCAGUAUCAGAACCAUAUUUACAGAAAAAAAAAAAAAAAGAUAAAGAAAAUUGUUGUUUAUCUGAAAUUCAAAUUUAACUGGGUGCCCUGAAUUUUUAUUUGCUAAAUCUGGCAACCUUAUAUAUGUGGAAACAUACAUAUAGUUUAUAAAUAUUAUAUAUGUAGUUUAAAAUGCAUAGUGAAUGUAUCAGUCUUUAGGUAUAGUUACAGUAUCUUUUGUCCAUUUGAUUAUUACACCGCUACAGCAACUUUCAGAGUUAAGACAAUGUUCAAUCAUGAGAAAUUGCUAUAAACAUUCUUAUGAGAAUCACUUUGGGUCUAGGAAAUGUCAGUUUUUUGGUGUUUCAAUAAUGUGUGUUAUAUCAUCUCUUGAGAAGUUUUCAGAAAUUCUGAGAAAAAAAUGGACAGCAGAAAAGGGUUAGAUAGAUAGGAAGAAAUAUCUAACAAUUUGGAGAGCUGUUCAAGCCCUAAUCUCAAGCUGUUGAGUAGAUAUAUUCAAAUUUGUUUGAUCUUUUGAUAUUUUUCAAUUCUGAAUUAAGGCACUGAUGGUUUUUCUCUGCUUUGCCUUUUAAUAUGUCACUUAAGCAGAUACUUGUCCUUUAACCAGUAAGUAGAAUUGAUUCUACUUCUGCUUCAUCCUAAUUUUCGAUGCGGAAUAAUAGUAGAUGUAUUCAUGCGUGGUUUUCAUUAGAUACUUACUUAUUGAUUACUACAUCUCUGGGCAGUUAAGAAAAGAAUCACUCAAUUCUAAUAUGUUUAGAAGAGUUUCUUUCUGAUUUGGCACAGGGACAGUGAGAAUGACCUCACUGUGUUUGUCCCCUGGCACAUCAAAGGUUUGCUGCAGGUGUUAGUACAGCAGAACUUGUUUGCUAAGAUGACCCAUUAUGGAACUCUAGCUGAUUAAGCAGAUAUUAACGGACAAUUGCAUGUCCAUUAUUACUUCUUUGACCAUAUUACCAACUCAACUCAAUUUUGCUUGCUUUUCAAAUAAGACAAACCUGUCAAUAAAGAAACUGGACAUCAAGUUUCAAAAAAUUGGUAGAGUUUAUAGGGAAAUGUAAAAAGGAGGGAAGAGAUGAUACACACAUUGUCAAAUAUUCUGAAAUGUUAAGAAUUGUGGAAAUUGUAAGUUUCGUAAGGAGUUUUAGACAAAGGACACUAUAGCCCCAUUUUGUUUUUUCUUUUUCAUUUUAGACUUAGAUUUGCUUUACUUCUUUGGGUCUUCAUUUCUUCCCAUGCAAAAUAUCUGUACGUCAAAAGGAAGGUUAGAGGUUAGCCAUUUUACCACUAAAGAAACUGAGCUCCAAGAAGUUAGCUUACCCACGAUUACACUUGUGGUUAGCGCCAGAGCUAAGACAAGGAUAAACUCUGUUGACUUCGUUUCUCACUAAACUGUACCACUGCAGUUUCAACUUCUUUCUACCACUGCCAGCAUUCUGUGCCUUCAGGAGGAAUUUUCAGCCUCUUCACUUUCCUGAUGCCCAGGAAUUCUUUUUAAGUUAUAUGACUAACAAAGUAUAAAAUAUGAGUCAAGAGUUAGUCCCUAAUAAAGUCAUUGUGACUUUAAUGACUUCGGCAGUUGUUUCAUACUGCAAAAACAGGAAAAUCCCACACAAUAAGGCGCCUGUCUAACAGCUGGGCUCCUGCGUAGAAGGCCACCCACAAGAGUAACUAACUGCUGGGGCUGCCUUCCUCUCUUUGACACCUUUUUAUGCCGUUCUUACUGUUUUCCCCUAUUGAUCUCAUGAGGUUAUCAAUGAGAGGAAGGUACCCACUUUAGCUAGUCUUUGAUAGGCUGAAGAAUAGUUUUGAUCACUUAGGAUUCACUCCUAAGUGAUUUUUCAGUUCACCUUCAAUAGGCCUAACUUAGUCUUAGAAGUAGCUCUUUGAUAGGCUUUAUACUAGCUUCGUUAUCACUCUUCUGGAUUGUUUUAUUCUCAAAAACAUAAAAUCGCCAAAUUUUAGAUGUGAGAACACCCCGCAAUCAUUCCAGUUCACUCCUCCUUUGUGAUUAGUUUAACUAAAAACUCAUUAUCAAGAUAGUACCUAUCUUGCCUAUGGAUCUUGCGUAAAGCUCAAACUAGUUCUCCCAUGAGAAAUAUAGAAAAGUAAGGAAGUGUCCUAUCAAUUCAGAAGAAACUGGCUCAGAAGAAAUAAUCUCUGUAUGCAGUGUUGAAACUAAAACAAAACGGAAGCCAUCAAACAAAAUGUUCCUACCAAGUGUAAUUGAAUUUCAGCUUUUGUUACUUAUUCUCUACUUUUAAAAUGACUUUUCACUAUUAAAGGAACUUAUUCAAAAAAAAUCAGACAAUUUUAUAGAAAAGGUAUAUUCUAGGCAAAUAAUAUUAAAUCACUUAUAUAGAAAAUAUACAUACUUCCCUUUUCAAAAAAUAGCUGCAAUUUCUAGCAGUAUAUGUGAAUCUCGUGUUGGGCAUCUCCUUAAAAAGGCAUUGGAGGAAUUUUUAUUACUAAGAGUUCAUUCAUAAACUUUGCUUGUCUGUGUUGAAAAGGGGCAUUGGUCAUUUACUCUGGGGACAUUAUUUCUAGGUAGGCUCUGACAGGGUUUUCUUGUGAAGGCAGAUUCUUAGGAAAAAUAGUAUCUGUGUACAUGAGACAGUAGAGACACAUUUAUCUUUAAAAUAGUGUGUUCCUGUUUAUGGAUUUCUCUACUGCAUUUGAUAAAGUAAAUAACACCCAUUUCCUUUCAAUUCAGUAACUCCUUGGGAUACAGUUUUACCCAGGAGCUAUUUUACCUUCAAAUCUGGACAAAACAUGUAACUUAAUAAAUAGAGAGACUCCAAAAGUCUUAGACUAUAAAACUCUGAGGAAUGAUAAAUGCUGCUCUUCCUUUGUUACGGUCUGAAGCAUUUUCAGUUUGAGUUGUUUUCCUCAGUCAUGUAGAGGGAGUUUUGUUUUCUGGGAAGUCUUGGUUGCUGGUAAAUAAUGUGUCCAAACUGUAGGAGGCAGCCACAAAAUUUAUUAUACAGUAUAAAAGGUUAGGGUUGAAAGGCUGAGAUCCUAAAAUCAUGCAUCAUUCUCAUUUUACACAUGAGAGGUGAUGUGACUACACAGGAGAGUGAGAGCUGAGACUGAAAAGUCAAGAUCCGUCUACUGCUACUGUGGCUGCCUCUGGCUCACCAGAAACACUCCUAUGUGGGAGUCAGAUGCUAAAAGCCCAACUAAGCCUAGAUCCUCCACUGUCUCCUCAGGCUUAACCUCAAACGUAACUCGUAUCUAUUCUAUUUCUUAAUGUGUCUCAUCACACAGUUAAACACUAGUCAUACUAACUGGACUCUACAUAAACUAGAAUGUAAUAGAUACCCUUCCAUCCCCAGCCCCCCACUGUCUGCUCCUUGAAGGCCAUUUCUGCCUUUCUUAGUUGUACAGAGCCCAACAUAAAUGGGCCCUUCAUAAGUGCUUUUUGAUGAGAGCAAUGAUUGCCUUCCUCAGUGUGGUUGGGCCCUCCCUUAUGGAGAAGGGAAACCAACAGUCGUUGCUAAGCAACAUUAAAGGACUAGGUUAGUUUCUGACACCAAGUGACCGCCAUCUGCAUACUUCGCCAUGUUUUGUGUUUUACGGUUGCCUUGAGAUGACUUUGCUUUUUGGUAGCAUUACCAUGCGCUUAGCAAAGACUUAUAGACGAACUAGUUUAGACCUCGGAAGAAGGAAGGUGAUAUUCAUCUGUUAAUGUUUUACAUGGGUACACUGAUCCCUUUGGUAAACUAUACGAGAAAGGUUAGGAGUUUGGUUUAUUUUCACCCCGCAGCUGUGAGCCACCUCCCUGAUCUCAUAUUGGAUGUGAUUGACAGUGUAUCCUAACAGGGUCCUAUGGCAAUGGGAGGCUGUAGAAAGAAAAUAAACAGAGAAGUCUUUCCUCUUACAGCCUUUUAUGAUUCAAUUUGUACCUGCCCCUAUCUUCUGAGCAGAGAUGCUGAUAUAGCUAAUAAAGAAUGGGCCCUAUAUUUGCUGUUGUGGUUAAACAACAUGCCCUAAAAUACCUAUUUCUACUAGAAUGAAAGCUGAUUAAAAGCAGGAGAAGAAUUUUUGUUUGUUCCUUUGUUAUUGUUGUUGUUUUCACUGCUAUAUCAUCACUGUUUUCCCUGAACAUUUUAGGUAUUCAAUAAAUAGUGGGAAAAUAAAUGAAAAAAAAGGGCAUUAUUGAACUAACACAAACCCAAUUGACUCUAAAAUGUUCCUAAGUAUUUCAGAGAGACUAAAGGAGGCAAAAUGAGACGAUUGUUUGAGCGUUACAUUUGACUAAGUCUAGUGCAGAGAAAAUUAUGGAAGAAAUUAUCUGUCUCUAAGCUUUUUGCAAGAUAUUUUUACGAUGAUCCAAGUAAAGUUUACCUGUCUGCCAAAAUUCAGUUUAUCAGUCAGAGCAUAUAAACCUGUCUUCUCCAGCUUCUGAGUCUGCAGCGUGCCUGUCUUUUGAGGAUUAAAAUGAGAGGUGAUUGUGACUGAGCAGUUGUGUCUUUAAAAAUAAAUAAUUUGGAAUUCAUGCGAUUCACCUGGAGUUCAAAAUUGCACAGAGGUUCAAUAAGUAAAACAUUCUAGCUGAGAUGAUUGAUUCAGAGAUGCCUAGUUACUAACAUAUUGUAUAAUGGGAAACACACACAUAUGCAAGCAGGGUUACCCAGAAAGAGGGUGAUUGGACAUCUUUGAGAACAAUGCAUGGUGCAGUGAGCCAGCAGGCAGAAAUACUGACUUGCAUUGGCUUCACUUCCAAAAGCAAGGUCUCCUAGGCACAGGCGAUGGCAGGACCCGGGGCUUGGAUACUUGAAAUAAAGCUAUUGUUGGAUGCGGAUGCUCAUUUGAAAGGGGAAUGCCUCACAGGAAAAAGAGCCAAUUGCAAGUUGGGGCUGUUGCCAUGGUGCUUUGCUAUUCCUUCAACUUGUUAUAAAUGAAAUCCUGGGAGUCCAGGGGUAGGGUAACCUGGGGAGAGAUGAGGGAAAUGAGAUGAGCCUGGGGGCAGGAAUCCCACUGCAGUAAAGCUCUAGUGUUUCCUCUUGCGUGUGCUCUAAGGCUGACAGGAGAAGGGAGGGGCUGGGAAGAAGGGAGGGAGAAAACUGCCGGGAAGGAAUGACUUUCGCAGCAUGCCCGGGAUUGCUAAGAUAAAAUAAAAAUUAAUUUAAAUCCUCAGAUUUCUAAUGUGAAUUGGAAGAUGUAACACUAAAUAUCAAACAAGCAUAGUCACUCAUAACCCCAAGUAAUUCACCAUUCUUUCGGUAAAUGAAUGUUCAUAUUUCCUAACACACUCUCAAUACUGGAUGGAAAGGUGAAAAGAGUUUAAUACAUUUGUCUUAUGCAAUCCAACAUGCAUAUUAAUGAGCUGACGAAGGUAGAAACUUGCAGGCUGCAUAGGAAGUACUUUUCAAAUGAAAUAAAUUAAUUUCAUUCCCAUUCAUUUUACUAUGAAAAGAGGCUAAGUGCAUUGGCAUACGUUUGGUGUACGACAAGUAAUCCUCCAAAAAGCUAGUUUUCAAAAAUUCUUGCGUACCGGCAGCCUAGUCUGAAAACAGCGACAGUCCUAACCUUUUCGAAAUGUUUGUUUAAGUGUUCAGAAGUCGGUUAAUCAAAUGCAUCAUCACUUUGAUCAAUUAGAGCGGCUGGAUUUUUGUGCAGAGGCUGCAUCUGCAGAAUUCUGGUCUGCAGUGGAGAGAGAGGGUUAAGGAACACCUAGUUGAAAUGGGGGAGGGUACCGACUUCAGAUUUACUUAAAUAUUCAUGGGGCUUCCUCCAUUUUAAUCUUCUCCUUUUUAAAAGAUGGCUGUGUUUCCUAGUCUGGCAAUUCCUCAGGAAAGAAGAAUUGCUUCUUCCUUGCAGAGUUCAGCUGAGUAGGACUAAUGUAGAGUGGAAACCCCUUCGGCCACCAGGACUAUUCAUAAUUCUUAAGUGCUUCAAACCAGCCAGCUGAAUACAUUUGGACAGGCUCUUGCUCCUUCGUGCAAUUCCUGAUUUCAUUACUCUCUUCUGCCAGGAAAUAAGCGAGGAGCAUAGGCUUCUUGCAAGAAUGGAGUGCGAAGAUGGGCUUUGUUUGGCUUAGGAAAUGCCAUACAUUUUGGAGGUUUUGUCUUUUCUAAGUUUUGAUUAUUUUGUCACUGGAUCUGCAGGGCUUUCCUGAUCCUUUCGGGAUUGCUCUCUCAGAACUGUGAAUUCUUUCAAAGGGAUUUGUGGAUUGUGGCAAAGAGAGCAUUCCAAAAUGCCUGAGGCAAAUUAUUUGUUAUCUGUAUCUUGGGGUUACAUCAAGUUCAAAAGAAUGCUGAACCGGGAGCUGACACACCUCUCAGAGAUGAGCCGAUCAGGGAACCAGGUGUCUGAAUACAUUUCAAAUACUUUCUUAGACAAGCAGAAUGAUGUGGAGAUCCCAUCUCCCACCCAGAAAGACAGGGAGAAAAAGAAGAAGCAGCAGCUCAUGACCCAGAUAAGUGGAGUGAAGAAAUUAAUGCAUAGUUCAAGCUUAAACAAUACAAGCAUCUCACGCUUUGGAGUCAACACUGAAAAUGAAGAUCACCUGGCCAAGGAGCUGGAAGACCUGAACAAAUGGGGCCUUAACAUCUUUAAUGUGGCCGGAUAUUCCCACAAUAGGCCCCUAACAUGCAUCAUGUAUGCUAUAUUCCAGGAAAGAGACCUCCUAAAGACAUUCAGAAUCUCAUCUGACACGUUUAUAACCUACAUGAUGACUUUAGAAGACCAUUACCAUUCUGACGUGGCAUAUCACAACAGCCUGCACGCUGCCGAUGUAGCCCAGUCGACCCAUGUUCUCCUUUCUACACCAGCAUUAGAUGCUGUCUUCACAGAUUUGGAAAUCCUGGCUGCCAUUUUUGCAGCUGCCAUCCAUGACGUUGAUCACCCUGGAGUCUCCAAUCAGUUUCUCAUCAACACAAAUUCAGAACUUGCUUUGAUGUAUAAUGAUGAAUCUGUGUUGGAAAAUCAUCACCUUGCCGUGGGUUUCAAACUAUUGCAAGAAGAACACUGUGACAUCUUCAUGAAUCUCACCAAGAAGCAGCGUCAGACACUCAGGAAGAUGGUUAUUGACAUGGUGUUAGCAACUGAUAUGUCUAAACAUAUGAGCCUGCUGGCAGACCUGAAGACAAUGGUAGAAACAAAGAAAGUUACAAGUUCAGGCGUUCUUCUCCUUGACAACUAUACUGAUCGCAUUCAGGUCCUUCGCAACAUGGUGCACUGUGCAGACCUGAGCAACCCCACCAAAUCCUUGGAAUUGUAUCGGCAGUGGACAGACCGCAUCAUGGAGGAAUUUUUCCAGCAGGGAGAUAAAGAGCGGGAGAGGGGAAUGGAAAUCAGCCCGAUGUGUGAUAAACACACAGCUUCUGUGGAAAAAUCCCAGGUUGGUUUUAUCGACUACAUCGUCCAUCCACUGUGGGAGACCUGGGCAGAUUUGGUACAGCCUGAUGCUCAGGACAUUCUCGAUACCUUAGAAGAUAACAGGAACUGGUAUCAGAGCAUGAUACCCCAAAGCCCCUCACCACCACUGGACGAGCAGAACAGAGACUGCCAGGGUCUGAUGGAGAAGUUUCAGUUUGAACUGACUCUUGAUGAGGAGGAUUCUGAAGGACCUGAGAAGGAGGGAGAGGGGCACAGCUAUUUCAGCAGCACAAAGACACUGUGUGUGAUUGAUCCAGAAAACAGAGAUUCCCUGGGAGAAACUGACAUAGACAUUGCAACAGAAGACACAUCCCCAGUUGACACAUAAUCCCCCUCUCCCUGUGGAGAUGAACAUUCUACCCUUGAUGAGCAUGCCAGCUAUGUGGUAGGGCCAGCCCACCAUGGGGGCCGAGGCCUGCACAGGACAAGGGCCAUCUGGCUUUUCAGUUACUUGAGUUUGGAGUCAGAAUGCAAGACCACGAAGCGAAUAGCAGCUCAGGAAAUCCCACGGUUGACUUGCCUGGCUGGCAAGCUUGGUGGAGAGGGCUGAAGCUGUUGCUGGCGGCCGGUUCUGACCAUGAUACAUGGCUUGAAAAUGGAAGACACAAAACUGAGAGAUCGUUCUGCACUCAUUUCGGGAACCUAUCCCCGAUAGUGACUGAACUCACUGACUAAUAACUUCAUUUAUGAAUCUGCUCACCUGUCCCUUUGUCUGCCAACCUGUGUGCCUUUUUUGUAAAACAUUUUCACGUCUUUCAAAUGCCUGUUGAAUACCUAGAGUUUAGUAUCAACUUCUACACAGAUAAGCGUUCAAAAUUGACAAAACUUUUUGACUCUUUCUGGAAAAAGGAAAGAAAAUAGUCUUCCUUCUUUCUUGGGCAAUAUCUUUCACUUUACUCCAGUUACUUUUGCAAGCAGACAGAAAGGAUACACUUCUAACCACAUCUCACUUCCUCCUCCACAGUCACUCUUAUAACUUAUCUCUGUUUGCCUGCCUCCAGCAGUAUUUUUUCUCCUGUGGAGUUUAACUUUUUUCUGUAAACACAAUAAAAUUGAACAAAUUAGGAGGUAGAAAGGGGCAGUUGUGUCGCUCGCCGUGAGCGUCCGCAUAGAGCUCAGCAGUGUGCCCGGCUGUCUCAGACCCCCCACCGCAGGAGCUGUACAUUCCGUGUCCUGUUCCCUACCUCCUCUCUUCACCCGGUUACGCUGUUUUCAAUGUAAUGCUGCCGUCCUCUCUUGCACUGCCUUCUGCGCUAACACCUCCAUUCCUGUUUAUAACUGUGUAUUUAUUACUUAAUGUAUAUAAUGUAAUGUUUUGUAAGUUAUUAAUUUAUAUAUCUAACAUUGCCUGCCAAUGGUGGUGUUAAAUUUGUGUAGAAAACUCUGCCUAAGAGUUACGACCUUUUCUUGUAAUGUUUUGUAUUGUGUAUCAUAUAACCCAAAUGUCACUUAGGAGAGACAUACAGCCCCCUUGGCAGAGAGGACAGGGGGUGGGGGUGUGGGCUUUUGUUCAGAGGGUCUGCCCUUUCUUUCCCUGCCUGAGUUGCUACUUCUGCACAACCCCUUUCUGAACCGGCUUUGGAAACAAGAUUCUCACAUUAGAUACUAAAUGGUUUAUACUCAGCUUUUACUUUUGUAUAGUUUGAUAGGGGCAGGGGGCAAUGGGAUGUAGUUUAUACCCAGGUUCUGUCCAAAUCUGUGUAGGCAUGAGUUGGGUUCUAGCUGGAUCCUCCUAUCAUUAUGGCUUUGGUUCAAAAAGCAACACUACAUUUGCCUACAGAUGAUUCUUCUGAAUGCUCCCGAACUACUGACUUUGAAGAACUAGCCUCCUGCCUGCCAUUAAGCAGGAAUGUCAUGUUCCAAUUCAUUACAAAAGCAAACAAUAAAACAAUGUGAAUUUUUAUAAUAAAAUGUGAACUGAUGUAGCAAAUUACGCAAAUGUGAAGCCUCUUCUGAUAACACUUGUUAGGCCUCUUACUGAUGUCAGUUUCAGUUUGUAAAAUAUGUCUCAUGCUUUCAGUUCAGCAUUGUGACUCAGUAAUUACAGAAAAUGGCACAAAUGUGCAUGACCAAUGGGUUUGUAUGUCUAUGAACACUGCAUUGUUUCAGGUGAACAUUUUAUCGUUUUCAAAUGUUUCUCACAAUGUAUGUUAUAGUAUUAUUAUUAUAUAUUGUGCUCAAAUGCAUUCUGAAGAAACUUUUAUAUGAAGUGAAUAAACAAAAUCAUGAUUAGA